AUGUUGUCAGACGAAGAAAUUAAAACAAAACGUCAAACUAUAAAGAUUAAACCACGUACUAUAAACCCCAUAAAAAAAAGUUUAAGGCCAAAUUUAGAACGCGUUGAUUCAACAACAUCAUCGAAUGAGGAAGAUGAAGAAGAUGAUUUUUUUUUUACACGUAAAAGAGUUUUUGUUAAGAAAUCGCCUACUAUCAAAAAAAAUAAAAAGAGUUUAGAAACAAUUUCAAAAAUUAAAAAAGAUGCUACUAUUAUAAAAGAAUCUAUUUGUUUAAUCGAUGUUGACAAAGGAGAUGAUUGUGUUAAUAUAGAUGACGAUAGUAGUAUUACACCGCCUCCUCAACCAUCAUCACAAGUUUUGAUUGAUUUACAAAUACAUCAACAACAACAAGAUAAUAGUAACGGUAACAGUCAAGAGAUAAGACAGCAACAAGGGUAUAAAGCUCAAGAAGGUCAAGUCCAAGAGCAAUCCGCUUCUAAUUACACUGCAAAUAAAAAAAUUCAAAUAAAUGUUUUGCCAAUAAGACACCCCAAUAUUCAAAUUACCGAAUUUAAUAAAAAUGGAAUUGAGGAAUUCGAAAAACCUAUAAACUUCCUAAUGGACUUUACUGACAAUUUUCAAAUUAUCAUGGAUGUUGUAAGUUCAUCAAAACAAAUUCCCAAACAAAACCUAAUAUUGACUUAUAAUAACUUUAGAGUAUUUCAAUUGGGAACCCCGGCAAGUUUAGGAAUUACCGAUGAAGCUACCUUUGAAAUAUAUACCAAAGAUACAUAUGAUUUUAUAAAAAAACAAAAAGAACAUCAGAAAUAUUUACAAUUGGGACUUUUCGAUGAUCAAACCAAUAACAACUAUAACAUCAAUGGCAAUAAUGAAAAGUAUUCAUCUACAAAAAUGAUAGAUGUAAUGGAUUUGGUUGAUGUUGAUGGUAACAGUUGUAACAGUAUUGGUAUUGACAACGUUAUUUUAAGUAGUGGUAGUAAUAUUGCUAGCUCUUCUUAUGAUUAUUUACAUUUGAAAUUAUUAGAGGCAUCUAACACAAUUACAAAACUUAGAGUUAAAAAGACAUUGACAAUUCAAGCAGUAAUGAGUCAAUUCAAGCGUAUGAAGAAUCUUUUAGAUAAUAUGCAAUUCAGAUUAAAAUUUGAGGAUGAAUUUUUAUCACCCACAGAUCAAGUUGGUAAUACUGAUUUGGAAGAUGGUGAUAUGAUUAAUAAAAAGAAUAUAUAG